UCAACUGAUUGUGUUUCAUUUAGGUCUGAAUUUGAGUCAUAUAGCAUUCUAUAAAAAUUCUGCACAGAUCUAAUAUCAUAACUUAAUUAAACAGUAGUGAAGGUCCUUUGUAAUAUCGAUUUCCUUAUUAUCAUCUAUUAAGCUACGAAAAUGGAACAGAGUUUCGAAAAAAAGAUGGAAGAUGUUACUAACAAAGAAGGUGUGAUUGGAUGCAUUUUAACAGAUAAGUCUGGACUUUGUUUAGGAGUUAAAGGCAAGGUAUCAAGUGAUAGUGCAGGAGUUAUUGCUGCGAUGGCUGAAUUAGUUACAAAAAUUGAGCCUGGUUCAGAAACUCCAAUAAUAUCUCUUCAGAAUGAAGCUAGGCAAUGUCUCAUUCACCAGCAAGGUUCAGUGAUUGGAGCAAUAUUUAAAGAACCUUUAGCUUGAAUAUUUUCUUUCGACAAAACUUAAUAGAGAUCUGGAGUUGUUGUUCAAGAUGUGAUAUAAGCUGAAUGGUGUUAAAAGACUUGAAUAUUUUUCUAUUUUAAGAAAUAUGAUACUUGCACAUGUUUUUUUAUACAAAUGUAAAUUUUUUAAUUUCAUUGUGAUUUGUUAGACAAUUAAAAGAUAUAAAAUUUUAAUUAAA